AUGAUCGCAGACCAGUCCCCUAUUGUAAUAUCGUCCUCGCCUGACUUCCCACUACUCCCUGACCUCCCCCUGAAAUCGAACCCAAGACCGUUCUUGCGCGAUGGCGGUCAUGCCGCGUCCAUUCCCGAUGAUGCGCCACAGACUCUCACUAGCGCUGCUAAAACAUGGCAGUCGUCAGGCAGUGGCAUAUCAGAUGAAAGCAUGCCCAUCGGCCGAGGGAAAGCGCCAAUCACACAAACCGCACAAAAUGCGAUAAUUCUCGACUCGGAAGACGACCAACCCCAGACUGCCUUCUCCUUGGACAGCCUCAAGGCCGACAGCCAGCCCGCAAGCCGCAAGGUUGACGUGAACUCUAUGAGCGACGCAUCUAGAGCCAUGGCGCAGGAGAAGCUGUCCAAUGGGAUGGUGACGAAGCCGUCGGCAAAGGACUCACAGUCAAGGAAGCAAACCGAAACUGUCAGUCGACACUUUGCGCCAGCUCCUCAAGAACUGGCUCUGGCACGACGCCUGGAUUGGACACCCCCUCGUGAUCUUAAUUCGGUGCUACCGCCUCUCGAUUCCUCGACGACUAAGGAGGUCUUUUCUCCUGAGGAGGAUGGUCGACCUUCACCGAAGGAAGUGUUCAGGAAUCUACAGGACACCUUUGGCCUGAAAGAGGAUGAUCUGCCUCGCACGGACCUUGAUGCAGCGCCAGCACGAACCGAGGUGCUUGGAAAACGAAAGCUGAUCGAAAUGGGAUCUGUGUCGUCGAUGCAGCCAUCACCAGAAGCGUCACCGACAAAACCAAGGAUUAAGAAGAAGCAGCGGACAUUGACCGAGCUGGCUACUGCCGCAUAUCGGGUGUCCGAGGAUAGCGAUGUCGCCAUGGGGGAGAACGGUCCCAAGCAGGGCUCCAUGUUGAGUUACCUUAACGCCGACAAGGGGGCAAGCACGGAGGAAGCAAAGACGGUACCAAAAAAGCCAACAAAGCGGGCAAUCAAACCAAGGGGCAAUGCUUCUCGAAAGAAGCAAGAGCCGCCUAAGCCGGUCCUGCUCUCACCGCAGAGCGCCUUGAAGGAGGUUUCUCGACAGGAUUUCGUCUUUGGGACCGCGAGUCAGUUGGCUCUCGAGGAUGACCCUGAGCUGCUCAGGGCUGUCCAUGAGGCCAUGAAGAUCUCGAACCAAACAGACUCCGACCCGUUCACUGGCAGCUCCCCGGUAACGAAAAGCAACCUGGCCAUCAGGAAGCGACCGGGGACGGGGCUCUGGGCGGCCGGUGCCAGGGAUGAGAACGGCGACCUGGUCGAUCUGGAAGAGAUCGAUCUCACGGCAUCUUCUCCGUCAUUGGAUCGUCUGCUGUGUAGCAAAUCCCAGGAGAACAAUGCAGCGAGAUCAUUUGCCGUCAAUGAUCGUAUCGAACUACUGUCCGAUGACAGCUCAGAGUUUCCGGAUGUGUCGUCUGUUAUUGGCUCCAUAUCUGCUGCUGCUCCUGUGAAGGAUCUUAGCCAACCUGCUUCCCCCAACGGAGUGUCUAAGAUUGUGAUCGACUCUGAUAACUUCCCAGACGUGUCGGAACUUGUGGGAGGAGCUGCGACUUCUACUCCGCCCUCCUCUCAAAAACCAGCUGCUGUCGCGCCCCUAAUCCAAAUUGACGAUUCUGAAGACGGGGAGCAUGUAAGCCCUGAGUUCGAGCCGCCGCCAAGUAACCAAGAGCAACUCAUGUUGUUGUCGCAGUCGCGCAAUUCUGCACCAUCACAGUCGCAGAUGCCGCCACGACCAAACUUCGAGCUAUACACGGAUGCUAGGUUAGCAAAAGAAGUGUCAUCGUAUGGCUUCAAAGCCAUCAAGAAGAGAGAAGCAAUGAUUGCGCUUCUCAACCAGUGCUGGGAAAGCAAGCACAAGGUCGGCCUGGGAAGCAGGUUGUCACAGGUUUCCAUGUCAAUCACAUCCGCCAAUCUAGCAAGAAAGAAGCAAUCAUCGGCGGCAUCAUCAGACGACGAGACGCCGCCUGAGCCCCCGAAAAAGAGGGGCCGGCCCAGGAAGAGUUCAACAUCAACCACUUCCGAAGCCGCAAAAGAAACAAAAACGACCAAAAAGAAGACAACCAAGACAGAAUCCAAGACGAGAAAGGAAGCGGAAGGAGAGGAGGAGCCAGAGCCAGAGAAGAAAGGUCGUGGACGGCCUAAAAAGACCGAGACAGCCGAGCCCGCGGAAUCUAAAGCAGCCAAAGCAUCAACUACCAAGGCGACGAAAAAAUCUGCUGCCACGAAGACAAAAGCCGCUACUACCGCAACAAAAACUACCAAAAAGUCAUCCAAGGCUCAAGCAUCCAAACCUGCCCCAGAAAAAUCGACAGCAGCAUCAACUGAACCACAACCCGAAGCACCCCCAGAGGUCGAACCAAUCGUGGAAAUCGUUGAUUCGGAGCUCGGGAAUGCACUUCUACGGAGUCCAACAGUAAUACUUUCCACAGCUUACAAGCCUGCCGUAAGAAGAGAGGCAGAGAAAUUGGUUGCGCCGGAUGAUUUACUCCCUCCAGUUCUUUCAGCUACCGUCUCAUCAAAAGACUGGCCACUUCUGACUGGCACAGCCGCAUCUAUAACGGCUGUUCCCACGGCUGCAGCCACAACAUCUAGCAAGAGUAAAACCACUACUACGAAAUCUAUUGCGAAAUCUACGACGUCACUGCUUCGUAGGAAGUCACCUACCAGAACGGCAACAGCGACUGCAGCGGAAACAACUAAAACCAAAACCACAUCAUCCGGGGCACGCUCAAAAUCACCCACCCACACCACCACUGCGACAACCCCCCGCCGGCGCAAAUCUCCCAUGUCAGUAAUCGAAAUCGCCGAUUCUGAAUCCGAAGGCAGUCUCUCCUCCCCCAAGUCCGAAAUCUUCUCCUCUCUGCCCCCCGAAGGCAUGGACCUCAGCGUCACUGAAGAAACGGACGAUACAUCCCUGGUCACCAGCCCCACGACGCGCCAGCUCGAUAUGUUCAAGUACAUCACUGAGGCCGUCACAUCAGCGCCACCGUCAACAGACGUGGAGAACCCGUCAUGGCAUGAGAAAAUGCUAAUGUUUGACCCGAUUAUUAUUGAGGAGCUGACGGCGUGGUUGAAUUCAGGGCAGCUGGCGCGGGUCGGGUAUGUUGGUGAGGUGGCGCCAGAGGAUGUGAAGAAGUGGUGUGAGACAUAUGUUCCCUUUUUCUCGAACGUUGUCUUUUCUGUCAUCGCCAGCAACGGAUCGGUGGUCAAGAAUGGUGCCGCCGGCCCCAUUUCCCCGGAUCUGCGUCUACAGGAUAGUGGGGCCGACAAGCGGGGGACGCUGCGGCAAAAGCGGCCCCAGCAAGUUCUCAGCCGCGUGCCUCGGCUCACCCCUACCUCCUGA